AUGGCCGCCAAGUACCAGCUCGUCCUCAUCCGCCACGGCGAGAGCCAGUGGAACGUGGACAACAAGUUCACUGGCUGGCACGACGUGCCGCUGUCCGUCAAGGGCGAGCACGAGUCGCACGAUGCCGGCCAAGUGCUCCGGGAGGCGGGCUUUAAGUUCGAUUUGGCCUACACUUCCGUACUUAAGCGCGCCAUCAAGACGCUAUGGAACAUCUUGGAAGAGACGGACCUCAUGUGGAUCCCCGUGGUGCGAUCGUGGCGGCUCAAUGAGCGCCACUACGGCGCGCUCACGGGCCUGAACAAGCAGGAGACGGUCGACCAGCACGGCAUCGAGAAGGUCAUGAUCUGGCGUCGCAGUUACGCCACGCCCCCGCCGCCGCUCGAGAGCGACAGCGUGUACUACCCGGGCAACGACCCUAAGUACGCAGACGUACCGACGGAGCUACUGCCCUUUGCCGAGUCGCUUGCGACGACCGGCGAACGCGUGCUGCCAUACUGGGAACAGAUCAUCACUCCUUCCAUCAAAGACGGCAAGAAGGUCGUCAUUGCUGCCCACGGCAACUCGCUGCGGGCGCUCGUGAAGCAUCUGGACAAUAUCCCCGAGGACGCGAUCACGGGCCUCAAUAUCCCCACUGGCGUCCCGCUCGUCUACGAUCUGGACGAGAACUUUCAGCCCGUGCCGCACAAAGACGCGAUCGCUCCGCUGUCUGGCCACUACAUUGGAAACCAGGACGAGAUCAAGUCGCGUAUCGCAGGCGUUGCUAAUCAAACGAAGGCGUGA